AGUUUUCAUAGUUUUAGCCUUCAUAGUCUUAAUUCAUACAUGCAAAGUAGCUUAAGCCUUUGGCUAGGUUGAAGAUCAUUGACUUUGUCCCCAUUAAAAUCAUGGUGUUCCGUGGUGAUCUGUUUGGCUUUUCUGGUAUUAGUUCUGGCCGAAAAAGGCAGGAGGAGAUAUAUUCAUAAUUUAAUAUAUCUUUAUUAGGGAGUUGUAUAAAUUAUUCCUUUUCGUUUUGGAUUAGCUCUAAUUCGCCCGGUCGGAGUGCAGAAUAUAUCAAAUUAGAAUUAAUUCCUCCUGAAUGAACCCUAGCCGUCGGCGUCGGCAUAUUUUCUCGAGUACUAAUUAGUCUACCCCGAUCUCAGCCGAAGGCAGUCUGGAACUCUUCUCGCUCGCCUAGCCGCCUUCCUUAUACUCUGAGAUGGAGCACUCCAAAACGGUUAGCCAAUUUCAGCAAAACGCUCACACCAGAGACCAUAUCAGUGAAUUGCCGGACGACAUUCUUAAUCGCAUCUUCUCGCUUCUUACCUUGCGAGAUGCUGCCAAGGCAAAGUUACUAUCGCGUAGAUGGAGGCGUCAUCCUACAUUCGUAUCUAACCUAUGCCUCGACCCUCUUACUAUGUUUGGAAUUCAAAUUGGACGAUGCUCUUGUCUUCUUGUCAAUAAUGAGUUUAAGGAUAAACUUAUAAGAGAGGUUAACCAGAUUUUGCAUGUUUAUGAAGCUCUAUCACGAGAUAUAUAUUGCUUCACGGUCGGUUUUCGACUUGGAGAUGAGUCUGCUUGUCAUAUCGAUAGCUGGAUCAGUUGGGCACUGAGGAUGAGAGCAAGGAAGAUUGAUCUCGCGCCCUUUCUAAUAUAUCACCUAAUUAUGGCCUUUAUAAUUUCCCAUGUCAUCUCCUUCCCUGCAGUAAAUCAUCUUACUUAAAGCGUUUGUGCCUCGAAACAUGCUUGCUGAAACCUUCAAAUUUCAUAGACCAGUUCAGUUCUUUGAAGACGCUCGAUUUGAAUAGAGUCCCUCUGGAUGCAAGUGAUAUUCAAAGUAUACAUUCAUGUUGUCUUAACCUUGAGUCCUGGAGACUGGAAACAUGUGACCUGCCAAAGACUCACGAUAUGCUAUCAAUUACGUCAUCUGAAGAUAUUAACUUUGCGUGAUUGUUAUGGUUUGUUAUCUAAUAUCUUUAUUAGUUCCACUAGUCUCAAGACAUUUGAUUACAGGGGUAGAGUUAAAAAUUUCAUAUUUGUUAGAGUUCCCUGUCUAGAGAAAUUGUACAUGGCUUUUCUGCAUCCAUUUGCCGAGGGGUCAGAAUAUAUGUACCAUGGCAUAGCAAGAGAUCUUCCUUGCCUGAAGUCUCUGUCACUAGUCUUUUUUGAGGUUUGUGAGGGUGUCUAUAUUUACGACAUAGUUUAGAAAUUUUCCUGUGAUAAUUGGUUUUUCUUUUGCACACCCUAUCUAUAAAGAUGUGUUAAUUAGCAAUUUCUUGUGUCUACAGACAUAGCCAAUACCUGCAAAUGUGAGUAAAUUCAGCUUUCUCAAACAAUUGGAGUUGUUUUUUCUUGCCCCAAGCGAUUUUGACCCUCUUUCUGCUACGUAUUUUCUUGAUGCUUGUCCUCUUCAGGAGAAGUUCCAUAUUU